CCCUCAGGCGGCGGGAUGGCACUCUGCUGGCACUGCCGCCAAUGGGCCCGAGGAUGGAGACCUGCUGCCGGCGCGUCCUGCUGCUGGUCACUGUGGCCGCAGCAGCCACCGCGGUGCCUUCUCAACACAAGACGCUGAGCUAUGAAGAGGCCAUUGCCCUGGCCGUCGAUUUCUACAACCAAGGGUCAGGCCUAGACCGUGCCUUCCGGCUCCUUAAAGCGGACCCACAGCCUGAGUGGGACAUGACGUCUAACCCGCGGCAGGAGCUGAAGUUCAUGGUUAAAGAGACCGUGUGCCCGGUGUCAGAGAACCUCAAUGGGACCGAAUGUGACUUCAGAGACAAUGGGGUGGUCAGAGACUGUUCAGGAUUCUUCUCCACCCAGCAGGAGUCACCCAUAGUCAUCAUCAACUGCAACACUGUGACCAAGGAGGUAGGGCAGGAGAUGCUCGCACUGAAUGCCACAGGGCACAGGAUGGAGACCUGCCUGAAAGUCCUGCUGCUCGUCGGGGUGGUCACAGCAGCCCCCACGCCAUCAUCAGCCCCUUUGCCAACCCACGAGGAUGCGAUUUUAGCUGCAGUUCAGGCGUACAACCAAGAGCCAGGCACAACACUGGCCUAUCGGCUCCUGGAAGCUGAGCCGCAGACAGACUGGGACGUGUCUUCGAAAACGAUCCAACCGGUGAAAUUUACUGUUCAAGAGACAGUGUGUCUGGUAUCAGGGAAACGUGACAUCAACCAGUGUGAAUUCAAAGAAGACGGGCUGGUCAAAGACUGCUCUGGAUUCUUCUCCACUGUACAGGACCCCGCAUCCGUCAUUAUCAAAUGCGAGGAGGCGUCUGAGGAGGACCGCUGAGGAAAUAUUGGUAGGUUUCUUCGUCGAAAUGCCUGGAACCCUAUUCACGUCGGUCUUGCCCUUACUAACUAAGAAGAUCCAGAAAGGGAGGAGAUGAAAGCGAGUCAAUGCUGCCAGACCCAGCUGUGCCUCCAUUUCUCCUCUACUGGAAGCACCAUCGGAAGCAAGACUCAUAACAGUGUGAACAGCUUCAGAGUAUCUGCUUCUACCUACCGCAUAGCACCCCUUUCAGUGCUGCUCUCCGGGGCUCCUCUGCAUAAUAAACUGCCAUGCUGCAAACAUA